AUGGACGAUUCAGAUGAAGAGACCAAUGUUGCUGAUCUCUUGAGACGCUUGCGUCACUUAUCAGAGACACCUGCAAAGCAACGUGCUGUCAAAGCCUCCGUCUCGAUCAACCAACUUUGCGACUAUGCUUUCAGAAAAGGUCUCGAUUCUGCCUCAUUACAGGCCAUUCUGAACAUUGUUUCAGUCAAAUCGGAGUUAGAUCAGACUUCUGUCAUGAACCUUGUCAAGAAUCUGUAUCCUAAAGAAAGGAUACCCUCUGCUGUCGUUACCAAAGCCGUCAGUGCACUUGGACAAGGAAAGAAUAAACCCUCAACAGCCACUCAAUCAGCUCUCUUGAAAUGGCUGUUCACCGUGUACGAUGUUCUGGACGAUACCCUGAUUCUCUCUCGAUUGUAUGCGAUCCUCUUCAAUCUACUCGACAUGGUAUCUCUAAGAUACGAACUUUGCCGCAUCGUCGGCAACGAACCUGCGGUGUUAAGAUUACUCAGUGUCUAUAAGGACUACUACCCUGACAUUAUCAUUAGCAGCGCCAAUCCAGGCCGUGGCUCUUUGCCACCACAACCGGACGCAACCUGGACAAAGCGGUUACAAGCUAUUUCGCAUCAGCCAUCUCAGAGUGACGUUGGCCUGAACAGCAGAAAUGGCUUUAAGGUGUAUCGGACGCGGACCCGUACUCCCCGCUUACAUCUACUGCCAGAAUCGUCCGUUACAUUAGAAGAGAUUGAAGGUCCUCAGGAUUUUGUCGACAAAAUCGAACGAAUAGAGUUACCGAACCAAUUGGUCUCAUCACUGCAAGAUUCUCUAUUGCAGAAACUCUUAUUCCUGAAUCCCCUGCCAGAAGCUACAAUGCGACUCGAAUUCUGGCUUGCGAGUUAUCUUGAAGAAGAACUCUCUCUGGCGAGGAAUCACUUAUCACCAUCGCCACAGUUCCCAGAGCUACUGCAAGGUAUACUUGCCUAUAGUCAAGCUCAACACUCACUCAUAUCCAUCGUCGAAGUCUUUCUGGCGCAAUAUCUUCCUAUCUGGGACGGGCAAUCCAAUUAUGACGCCCUCUGCGCCAUAAUAGCUUUCGUAGACCGCCAUCCUCACGAUAAACUACAUUCAACCUAUUUUGCAUGGUUAGAGAGGCCUCACAUCUUGAAUACUGGGCGCCUGCUAUCAAAAUUGCUCCUACUCUAUAGCAAAAUUGCCCAGAGAUGGAUUCUACAACAAGAUACCAGCACGCAAGCUCGGACUGGCAAAUCAAAAUCGCCUAAAGAGGUUAGCGAGCUUCUAGAUUACGCCAACCUGUUCAUACACAAUAUCAUAUCUAUGCAGCCGACUUCUACUAUGAUACACUCGGCUAUCCUGACCUUCUACGAGAGUUUUUCUUUUUCGGCGACACAGUCUGACAACACCUCGAGCGUUCAUACACCCAUUGUUCUUCCCUCCGAGCAAGUCGUUAACCAUCUUCUAUUCAAUUCUUCUCUCAGCGAUGUGUCACGCUUGUGUGGCAUUCUUGCAAGAUGCAAACGUCAAUUCGAGUCUCUUAAGAAUACAAUCUCCGAUUACUAUCCUAGUCCUUACACAAAUCGAUUCAACGGACAUCUUAUGGAUAUCUGCAAUUUGAUUUGGCGCUCACGGGCACUGAACGGCACAGAUACCAACGCAUCAGGCUGUCUCUGCCCUCCGGCGACGAUGUCGGCCCUGAUGAGAUACUUGCCAGAUAUGGACAACAUUUAUAAUCUUGCCGGAAGCUUCGGCAUCACACAAAAUUACCUUUUCUGUGCAGUCUCUAUGGCCACCUUCACUGAGCUUGAAGAUGCCGCAGAAAUUGACGGUGCAGAUCUCAAGACUCGUCAUGCAGGACCUGUAUCGCCGCGCUCCCUGACCCUGCUCGAAAAGAAUGGAGGGCUCGUGAUAUCCUGGACCAAGUCUCGAGUGGAGGUGCUUUCUGCGCUCGAGGCGAAGGGAUUAGAUGGUGUAAAGGAUCUCAUGUUUUCUACCAUGAUGAAACUGAAAGACGCAACUUGA